AUGUUCGGAAACACUCGCGAAGCCAUCCUGGCUGCUCAGAAGAGCACUUGUCGCUUCCAAACCACACCCCCACUGCCCCCGCUCAAGGCAGCCAUCACCAUCUCCCAACACUGGACGAUCGACCGGCUGGUCUCGAAGAUCCACGAAACCAUCCUCAGCGAAGUCGAACACAGCCAGUUCUCGGCCUUGCUCCAACCCCCAAACCCCUCCCAUCGGCUCGUCUUGGAGCUGUCUGAUGGCUGUAGAUUACCCACUACCGAGCCAUGCAGCAUCAUCCAUCUGGACCAACUUCUAACUAUCCGCUUGUGCGCCAGGCCGCAGCCUCAGUUGCGAUUGGGGCCUCUCGACUACACCUUCCACCGUCUGGCUCCUCAGCCUCACUUCCCGCUCCUCCUGCCUUCAAUCAACACUCAUCCCCACCAACCGAACCAUCACCUGCUUGAUCAAUGGAAAUCAAAUACAAGCGGAACUCCAACUCCUGCAGGCCACCAACACCUUCUAACAGCCCACCAAGAGCAAUCUGCACCACCCGAGCAAGGCCCCUCCCAACUCAAUCGAACAUCUGCAUUCAACCCCACCCCGAGCGGCGAUGAUUCAUAUGCACCUUCCAUAGAGCUAUUCAAUCCGACCUACCAAGAGCAACGACACGAACGCUAUGCAGAAUCAGUUAACCACGAAUCAGGAAGCCAACGUCCACUCAGCUCCCCAAGACGUUCCAUUUCCCUACCCCUCGACUACUCGGCCUCCCAUAACCUCUUGCUGGCGCCAGUCCCUUCCCGACCGCAACACGAUGGUGCCCCGGAACAUCAGGGAAACGCAAGACUUCAGACUCAUCAAGAUUAUUCCUCGCAUCGUGAGCAGGCGUUGGAGUUCCCCUACCGCUCACCAUCUAGUUCCUCUGAAGAACCCAAACCAAGUACCGAAGAACUUGAUCAAGCACUAUGUCCUCCCGGCUCAUCGGGUCAUGAAGUCCCUCGUGUUAGAAGCCAUAUUGCCGGCUUCAGAAAGAGUGCUUACAGACACUACCUCCCAAGUAACUCCGAUGCUUCUAUUGAUGGUCAUGGGUCGUCCUCUGCGGAUGAUUCCGAAGACUCCGCCUCAUUCUCCAGGCAUACACGACGCUCGAAGAACAAGACGGCCUCUCGUCGUUCUCACUCACGACGAGUUCAAAUCGAAUCCCCGCGACCGCGAAGGAUUUCUGCUCGACGUAGUAUGGAUGGGCCUACCAAACGACGGGCCGCCUCCUCACGUCCCAAACGCAAGAGCGCUCCAGUCCGUCUGACUCCUGACAGUGACGAUGACGACACAGUGCGCCAAGCAGCCACCAUCCGCGAGGAGGUUCGAGAAGGUCAAGUCGGGGAUGAUAACUCCCCAUCUACCCAUGCAUCGAAGAGCCCCCCGAGCUCUUCCCACCACCAAGCCGAGGCUUCUGCGUCCUAUCGUCCUCGAAAAAACCACAUCCCGCAGGACGUCAAAGUCGUCAUCCCCUUUUCACCCGGCUUGGUCUCACCAGCUUAUCUCAAACGCAAGCGCUCCCUAGCCGGACCUUCGUCGAAACUGUCCCUUGGAGAAUCCAUUAUCCCACCCUCCCCUACCGGCCAUUCCGUAGACAAUACUAGCCACUCAACUAACUCCGCAAACCACAACGCCCAAGAGGACUCCUUGGGACUAGCCAAAGAAUCAGUUCAGUCAUGUGAUCGUAAUCUGAACGCGACCUUUGGACCCGCUAAGAGUUUAAGCCCCAUGAAGAGCUGUCGUCCCAGCAAGACUCGCGUGCUAACCAAGGCCAGGAGUUUCAGCCCGGCCAAGACCAAGAAACCUGAGCCGAACAAACCCCCUCCAUCUCUAUCUGCCGGUCGGACGGCCCGCUCGGUGUACCAGAUCUACAUGGACGACACAAAGUUCAAGGCGGCCUCCGCCCAAGGCCCGCUGCGGAUCCCGUGUUCGAGCACGAGCCUGAACGACCAUUCGUCGCUGCGUCAGCUGAUCGAGCGGCUGAACUUGGACAUGCAACAUAGCUGGAAAAUAAUCAUCGGGGACAAGGUCUGGCUUAGUGCUGCCUCAUCCCUCAAGCGUGCCCAGAACUGCCACGGCGAUCACAAAAAACUCGGCGGGCUCCUCGACGGCCGCAUCGUCCAGAUCGAUUGGCUCGCCUCGCUUAAGGAACUCGGCGUCUUUCCUACCUCUCACCCCGUCCCUGACGCUGAAGUCAAGCCACUCCAGAUCCGAGUCGUACGCAACUGGGACCUCUAG